AUGGACCAACUUAACAAAAAUUCAUCACUGAUCUUAGCUUCAAAUAACCCGAAAAAGCCAGCUGGCAGGAAGAAGUUUCGCGAAACUCGACAUCCAGUAUACAGGGGAGUCAGGAUGAGGAAUUCAGGAAAAUGGGUUUGUGAAGUCAGAGAACCAAAUAAGAAAACAAGGAUUUGGCUUGGUACUUUUCCAACUGCUGAAAUGGCGGCUAGAGCUCAUGACGUGGCGGCUAUAGCAUUAAGAGGCCGUUCUGCUUGUUUGAAUUUUGCUGAUUCUGCUUGGAGGUUGCCUACCCCGGCUUCCUCCAACUCUAAGGAUAUUCAAAAGGCGGCCGCAGAGGCCGCCGAAAUCUUCCGAUCGGAAGGAGUUUCAGGAGAAUGUGUUGUCAGUACUCCUGAAAUACCAGAAAAUUCCUUCUUUAUGGAUGAGGAAGAGCUGUUGUACAUGCCGGGAUUAAUUACGAAUAUGGCGGAAGGACUAAUGCUACCUCCACCGCAAUGUGCAGAAGUAGAAGAUCAUUAUUAUAUGGAAGCUGAUGAUGCUUACAUGCCUUUAUGGAAUUAUUAGUUCUAUGUAAAUAUUUCUGGUUAUUAAUUAUUAUUGCUUCUUAAAUUAGGAUGUUUAGGAGAUAUUCCUAGUUAAUUUCG